AUGGAGGUUCCGAAUGGUCGCCGUCGAGCGAUCGGUAGAAGAAAGGCUUGUGAUGUAUGUUACCUGAGAAAAAUCAAAUGCGACGCAGGAGAGCCGGAAUGCUCUCACUGCGUCUUGUACAAGGCCAAAUGCACCUACACUCCACACCUACAACGACCCAGAAAGCGGCAAAUGGUCUCAGAGAGAUCAACAGAAGACUUUCAGCGUCUUGAAGACCGUCUUGUUCAACUUGAAACAAGAGUCAAGGCUGAUGGUCGUCGAGGGCCUUCGGAUACAGCGACAGAUGACCUUACGGUUGCGAGGAGAGCAAGUGAUCAAGGUAUCGCGUCCUCGGCUUCAAGGACGCACGACUCAAAUACCGAUAUCUGCCGGCGAUCCUUUCGCGACCAAGAAUCCCUGACCACAACUUCGUUCGAACGAUCGUUGCCGAGUCUUCAAGUCGUCCGCCCACUGAUUGAGGAAUAUUUUGCUCGAAUCAACAACAUGAUCCCACUCUUUCACGAGGGCAGGUUCAUGCGAAGGCUCUUGAGAUGGUAUGAUACACCGUCUGAGCGGACCCCUGCGACGUACGCUGCUAUCAACGUGGUCCUGGCUUUGUCGAUAUGGCACGACCCCACCAAAAAGUCCGAGGGGGAGUUCGAAUUGAUGCACAGAAGCGUCCACAACACGCUGUCCGUCUUGUCCAACUUGGUGACGCGCGACCAGGAUCUCAUCGGCGCCCAAGCCAUCCUCGGCCUGGUCAUGCUUUUCAACGCCGGGCCGAACCCCCGGCCGGCCUCGACCUUGAUCGCCGUCGCGUUCAAGCUGAGCCACCGGCUCAGACUCCACACCCGAUCGGGAAAUGACGGAUUCGACGAGAGCAUGGCCCUGGAGCGGGACCGCGUCUUCUGGAUCAUGUACUUUCUCGAGCGUGAAAUCAACCUUCGCCUCAGAGACCCGUACCUCCAACAAGACGACGACAUGGACGUGGCCCUUCCGGCGUUCAACGACACCAACGACCGGAUCAGCAUCGUGUUGGCACCCGACGGGGUCACUUGGCUCAAUCUGCUUCUGUGUCGUGUCGACCUUUCCCGCAUCCAAGCCCAGGCGUACCACAGCCUGUACUCCGUCCGGGCCGAAAGGUUCUCACGGAAAGAACGCAAAGCCGCGCUGGCCGACUUGGACCUGACGGUCCACGCGUGGAAGGACUCGAUCCCUGUCCAGUUCCGACCGGAGAUGCUGUCAGAGGCGGGGUUUGGGAGCAAUGUCCGAUUCUUGGUCCAUCUGUACUUCAUCUACUACCAUCUGUUUUACGUUGCGCACGGCAUCUAUGCACACAAUCCGGAGUGGAUCAGACGCAUCACGACCUACAGCGAAAAAUACUCGGGUCGACAGUCUCGGAUCAUCGAGAGCCCCGCGCAAGGGGAUCUUCUACCGUCGACUUGGUUGGAGGAUAUCGAGACGGCACGGGAGUGCAUGAGGUUGUUCAAGGUGGUGGACAGGAGAGAUCUGGCGCUUCUUGGACAAAUAUCUUGCGUCUACUUGACGUCCAUGAUCAUCCUGCUCACCAACAAACUGGCCAUUUACGAACUCCCCAUCCGGAGUCAGAUGGAGUCGGACGGCGCGUUGAUCGAGGACGCCCUGGUGUACCUCGCCACCAUCGCGGGGAAAUUGGAGGACGACCGCCUCCGGUGCCUCUGGAACGGGUGCGUCGAGAUGAAGUUCCGCGCCGAGAUCGCGGCCAUGAGUUACAACCAUGCCGGCGAACUCCAUUUCCCCGAAGGCUACGACCGCGCCAGGCAGAGUUCCAAGUCCAUGGCGGCCUUGUUCGACGCCUUCACCACGGCCGACAUCAAGGCUCCGGAUGACCGGUACGGCGCGAACGUGUGGCCCCAGGACGUGGCGAGUUUUCUCGACGCCGAGGGGGCCCUGCCGGUGUGUUUUGCCCGGCAGGCCAGCGCGAACGAACUUGGACUGUGGGGCGCUGUGUAUGACUGA